ACCAGCGGGAGCAAGGGAGGUUCCCUCACAUCGCUCGGGAGGCAGAGAGGGCUGGGGACCGCGGAAGAGGGGGAGGCGGCGGAGGAGGAAAGGAAGGCGAUGCCGGUGCCGCCGCGGCCGUCGCUCCAGCUGCGCCGCCAGGGACAGGGCGCGGGCGAACGGUAGCUGAAGUACCAAACAUUUCCCCCCCCACCCCCGUUUCAACAAUAACAACAACAACAACACAGCACCUUGGCCUCUAGGCAUCCAGAGGACGGAAAGCGGGUGUGUGUGUGUGGGGGGUGAGCCAGGCAGGAAACGCCCCCUUGUAAGCAACCCAUACAAACUUCUCCAGGGCUUCCCAGGCUUCGCUCCUGCUUGCUCGCCCGCCCGGGUUUUGGAGGCCAAGCCCUUUUCCGCGCAAGACCCGCGGAGGCGCGCUUCCUCGCAACGGCCACCAUGCCCUCGGGGCUCACCGGUCGCCUCGUCGCCUGCAGCCUCCUCAUGGCGUGGCUGCUCUUCCUCGUCAGCAGCAACAGCAGCAGCAGCCGGCCCGGCGCGGAGGAGGAGGAGGCGGCGGAGGGGGCGGACGAGGAGAAAGCGCUCCGGGUGCUGGUGCUGCUGCCCAAGGACAACGCGUACCUGUUCUCGCUGGCGCGGGUCAGGCCGGCCAUCGAGUACGCGGUGCGGAGCCUGGAGGCGAACGGGACCCUCCUGCCGGCGGGCUACAAGUUCCGCCUCUUCUACAACGACUCGGACUGCGGCAACGGGGCGUUCUUCAGCCUGGUGGACAUGGUGGCCCUGAGGCGGCAGUGGCCGGACCUGCUGCUGGGGCCCGUGUGCGACUACGCGGCCGCGCCGGUGGCCCGCCUGGCCUCCCACUGGAACGUGCCCAUGAUCUCGGCCGGCGCGCUGGCGGCGGGCUUCAGCGCCAAGACGGGCGAGUACUCGCACCUGACGCGGGUCUCGCCGGGCUACGCCAAGAUGGGCGAGAUGUUCCUGGCGCUCUUCCGGCACCACCAGUGGAACCGGGUCCUGCUCGUGUACCACGAAGACAAGGAGCAGCGCAGCUGCUUCUUCGCCGCCGAGGGCGUCCAUGUGGUCUUCCGCGAGGCGGGCUUCCACAUGGACGACUUCGCCUUCGACGAGAGCGCCAAGUACGCGGAGGACGUGGUGCGCGCCAUCCAGGCCAGCGAGAGAGUUGUAAUCAUGUGUGCCAGCAGUGACGCAAUAAGGAACAUCAUGUUGGCCGCGCAUCGGCAAGGAAUGACCAGUGGAGACUAUGCUUUCUUCAAUAUUGAACUCUUCAAUAGUUCAUCAUAUGGAAAUGGCUCAUGGAAGAGAGGUGACAAAUACGACCUUGAAGCAAAGCAAGCAUACUCUUCCCUCCAGACAGUCACACUACUGAGGACAGUGAAACCAGAAUUUGAGAAGUUUGCCAUGGAGGUAAAAAGUUCUGUUCAGAAACAAGGAAUCCAUCAUGAUGAUUACGUCAACAUGUUUGUGGAAGGAUUCCAUGAUGCCAUUGUCCUAUAUGUUCUGGCUUUGCGAGAAGUUCUGAAGAAUGGGUUCACUAAGAAGGAUGGAGAAAAGAUUGUCCACCAGACAUGGAACAAGACAUAUGAAGGCAUUGCAGGCCCAGUAUCCAUAGAUGCCAAUGGAGAAAGAUUUGGGGAUUUCUCUGUGAUGGCAAUGACUGAUCCAGAAACUGGAACUCAGCAGGUUAUUGGGAACUACUAUGGAAAGCAGGGACAGCUGGAAAUGUUUCCAAAUGUGAAAUACCCCUGGGAACACAAACUGAGAAUAGAUGACAGCCGAAGUUCGGAGCAAACAAGCAAUGCAGCAUGCAAAUCAUCAGGUGGCCUAGGAGAAUCAGCAGUUACAGGAAUUGUUGUUGGUGCAUUGCUAGGAGCAGGAUUGUUGAUGGCUUUCUACUUCUUCAGGAAAAAAUACAAAAUAACUAUUGAGAGGAGAAGUCAACUAGAAGAAUACAAUAUUGGCAAACACCGACAGCUAAGAGAAGACUCUAUACGGUCUCACUUUUCUGCUGCAUGAACACAUUGCUUCUGUGGGGAAAGUCUAUAGACAAAUCAAAACUACCAAAGACAGCUGCAGAAAAGAAGCUUAUUAAGGACUCGUCAUUCUAAAAGUAGAGUAACUUUGUCUUAAUUUCUUUCAGAAACUCAGGAAUUAUUCACACACUACAGUAUGCUGCAUGGCUUUUUAAAAAAAUCUCUGUGAAAGGAGAAUGACAGUUCAGUUUUUAUAUUGGCAAGAUGGUUUCAAAACUAUUCUAAGACAGGUGAUUCUGGUCAGCUGCUUUGUUUCUUGGAAAUGUGAAUGGUUCUUUGUGAUGACUUCUUUUGAACUUCAGAUGGUCCUUCAUUGACCAUUUCUUAUCCCAGAUCAGAUUAUCAAAAAUAUAUAUGUGAUUUUGGAAAAGCAACUGCUAUUUCAUAUCAGAAACAUGAAUAUAGGUUGACCUGUGAGAGCAAGAUACGAAUGAGAAGUACAUGGUGGAUAUACAUUUGUAACUGGAAUAUAAGAAACCACAAGAUUGAGUAAAGGGAGGCAAUUCUAAAGAGCUAUUUAUGUGACACAUUGGUUUUCAGUAAGCUUGCCAUAGCAAUCCUUAUGAAAUGAUUUAUUCACUGAUAAGCUUGAGAUUGAUAUCAACUGAGUGACUGUUCACAGGUGUGUCUGUGAAAAGAAAUUUUGCUGAAGAGAAAUUCUAUUUACAUGAAUAUUUUCAUGGGAUUUUUAUUUCAAGAAGUUUCCUCCACUGCUAACAUUUCCACAUCCUAUGUAUAGGAAUUCUGUCAGAGAUCUCUGGGGUUAUGCAUCCAUUGCUACAUGUCCUUCUCUUUUGAUUUUUUUAAUGCUGCUUGCACAAAAUGUUUGCAGAAAAGAUUAGAUAUAGUCUAUAAACAAAGUAGUAUCAGAUGGUUGAAUAAGUGAGGUAAUAAGGUGGAUUUUCAACUUUAAGAGUACAAGUGUGUGGAUAAGGGUGCCAUUUGUGAAUGUUCCCAUAUUUGUUUUAAAAGUUCAACAAUAACAAUAUUAGUAAUUUAGAGAAGAUGUUUUAGUUAGUCCUCUCACUGUCUUGCUUGCUUUCUACUAGACUUUUAAAAAUAGAAUCUUUUUAAAAAAAUCUCUUUCUUCUACCUGUACUUUGCAAAUUAUACCAGUCUUUCUAUGAAGCCAUUCCCAUUCCAUUUUGUUUAAUUGUAAACCAGGUUGUGGUGGUGCUAGUGACUAGAAAUGGGAUAAAGCACCUUAUAUUGUACAUCGAUUGCUGUACAUGUGUGUAUUUAUACACACAUGGCAGAAGACUGCAGAAAGUUCAGAUGAUGGUCUGGCUUCCUCUCUGCCCUUCCUCAUCCAGACCAGGUUCCUCUGCUGCUCCUUAAGUCUUUUGGUUACCACCACUGAAAUUUAACCUGGUGAACAAGUUGAGAACCUUGAUCUUUGUAGUCAUGCAUAUGUGAUGUCCAUGCAAAUAGGAUAGUCCUAAUGACUGCAUAAAAUAGCUGUUACUGAAAAGCAGGCGAUUGCUCGGAGUAUGUUCCACUGAAGCCUGUGGUGCUUAGUUCUGAGUAAAUUAUUACAAGAUUGCCAAUGGCUACAUAAGAUAAUCCCUUUUAGGGAUUCUUGAGUAGGAUGCAAAUAUCCCACUGCCAUCUUUGAGACCUGAUUGGUUUAGCUAUUGUAAAUACUAGGUGUAGUGGUGCAUUUUGUACAGUAAAGACAACUGAAAAGUUUUUUGUUGUAUAAAAGAUGACAGUUUGGGUUAACAUUUUAUUUUUAGGUAUUUUAAUCUUAUAUUUUUGUAUUGGAAAAUGUCUAUUUUGGAUUGUUUUAUUUCACAAUGGAAAAUCAAGGUGAAAGCACACUUGUAGAGCUUUUUUUUCUCCAAGUGUGAAUAAUAGAGCAUAGAAUUUCUUAGAUGUAUAUAACAGUAAUAUCUUUUACCAUUGCCUAUUAGGCCAGUCUUCCUCCUUCCCUUCCCUUUCUUUCCCCAAGCAUGCCUCUCUGAUUUAGUGGCCAGAUUCUACUGAUUAUAAAGAAACCGAGACAUUGUGCAUAUAUUCCCAGUCUUUCUCUAUCAAGAUUUUUUCUUAAUACAUCCAUCUCUCAUCAUAAGGUUAUAUGAAUCUUUAGCAACAAUAAGAAACUCUCUUAGCAUUGUUGGCUAUUCUCAUGUUUUUAGUGUGGCUCUCUUGCUUCAGACUUUCAAGCUUUCACAGUCAGUUCCUCACUUCAGUUUAUCUGCCAGUGACCAUCUAUACACUUGCCAGAAAAACCACCUCCUGCCAACCAGAGAGGCAGAGGUUGUGCUAGGCACACCUGUCCGUUCCCAGCAUCUGUACACUUGCAAGGUUCUACCUCCAGCUGACACCUGCGUUUUCUGCUUUUCAUGUUUCCCACUAUUGAAGGUGGCAGCUCUAUUUGGGUGUGGCCCCAUCUGCCACAUUCUUCCUUCUUUGGAGUGUACCACCUCAUUGGCUGCUAACUCCAGCACGUAUCCCAUCACCAGCACUCCUAGAAUUGUCACAUACACUGUGUGUGUGUGUGUGUAUGCAAAUUUUGCUAUGCUUUGAUGAGGGCCCUCCAAAGUGUGCUAUUAAAAAAAUAGCCACUUGCAGGGCAUAAGGGCUAUUUCAGUAAUAAAAACCAUUUUGGUAUGGACAAAAAAAUUGAGGGAAUGUAAGAUCAGGUGUGGCCCUCCAAAGCCCAUAGAUGGACGUGUGAGAGAUUUCUCUGGAGAUUGCCCAUACGGAGUAUGUACAUACAGAGUAUGUACUCAGGUUGUGUUGAGCUCAUUGCUAUGAUAUGUGAAAUGAAUUGUGAUCUAGAACUAGGGAUGGGCAAGAAGUUUGUUAUGCAUUUUAAGGCAAACAUACCUACUGUCGGUUUUGAACUGAUAUGCAGUAGAGUCCUCUGAUUAAAAAUUCUAGACAAAAAUGCAUAUAUAAAGAAAAGAGCACACAAAUGAAUAUGUUAGUGAAAAUUAUGCUAAAAUGUAUACUACUAGGAAAAUUCUUGAAAAAAAUGUUCCUGUUGGGCAGAUUUGCAUAUAUAUUUGCAUGUAGUAUGUGCAGUUGUGUACACUUUAAAAGUUUUUAAUGAAAUAUAUUUAAUACUAAAAAAACAGAAAUCAAAGCAUACGUUUGUAGAGCUAAAAUACACCUGUCUUCUCCUGUGGCUGUACAUUGCAGGAGGAGAUGGACAACCAGCUGUGUUUCAGGGAGGUUUUAUUGUUCUUGCUGAUCCUCUCCUGAGGAAACCCUGGAGAUUUCCAGGCAACCCACAUUAUCUCAGAGAAGAGUUUGAAAACCACUGGGUUAGGUUGUAAGUAAUCAGGUUUUCUUUUCAAUAAUCUGCUGCUGUUUCACUAUCAGUUAUUUUUAAUUUCAUGUUAUUAUUUUAUUUUUAUCAGCUUUCACAAACUGAGAAUAUACACUGUUUUUUUUUAGGAUAAAAUCUUUUCCAGGGAUUUUUUUUUUUUAAUCAUCAAAACUUGUUUUACAGAAAUGCAUCAUGGAUCCCCAUGAACGUAAACAGUCAGUUAAACAGAGCUAUAUAUCACAGUGUUUUUUGGGACUAAUUAAAUUAAAGCAAAUUGCUUUGUUCAGCUGAAAUCAACAGAUGCAUUAUUAUCUAGAUUGUUGUCAUGUGCCAUCAAGUUACUUACUGAUCGACUUUCGUUAGAACUUAGUUUCUUGCCACUGAAAAUAUAGUAAUGCUUUUUUUUUGCCUAAUUGUUGUUCUUUGUUAUAAACCAUCAUGUUGUUUCCAACUUAGGAUGACUCUGAUUGGGUUUUCAAAGUACUGUAUGUGAAAUGUUCAAGGAGUUUACCAUUGAUAUCCCCUAGUGACUUUAUAUGACCAUGCAGUAAUUUGAAUCUGUGGUGUCCUAAGUCUUAUGGUAUGACAGCACUGGCAAACUGAAUUGGAGUGAUUCAGCUUUGCUGAAGUUUGAUUCUCAGACUGUUUUAUGCUUCUGUUCGGAUUAGGUUAUCACAUGAAAGCUGUGGAUUGCUUCGGUGGGAGUGUCCACGCUGGCCCCUCAGUCAUCAGAUCUUUGAUGCUUUAAUCCAUACCACAGUCCCCACUUCCUUUGGUCCCACCCCUGCUGAUCCUCAGCUCUUCUUUUACGGUUCAUUGUAAAGCCAGUGGGCUGUUUAAAGUGCUGCACGGCACUAGGAAAAAAGGACAGUUUUCAAAAGUUUCCCAUAACAUACAAGCACAUACACACAUACUAUACCACAGAAACAUAGUAGUCUGCUGAAAAAAUAGAAGCUCCAACAACUACAUCCACAGCAAAUCCCACAGUAUUUGGCCAUAUAGUUGCAGCCUUAGUCCAGUACUAUUCACUACAACAAACUGGCUCUUGUGUGCUCUAGAUUAGAUUAGCAAAAUCUACAAACAAUAAAAUACACUGAAAUGUGAUUUGGGAACGUAAUAAGACUAUAACUGCUCACAUCGAGGCGGCUGAAAGAUUUUAAAAAAAAUUGGUUGGAUGCACAUUUUACUGAACCAAAUCAUACUAGAGGAAAUUUCUAAUUUUCCAACUUGAUACAGCCCUUCAAGAUUGCUCAGAUUUUUACAUUUGCCAGCAGAAAUUGGACCAAUGUAAAGUAUCAUUGCAUCCACUUUACAAUGUAAAGUAUCAUUGCAUCUGUUUCUUUUUAGGUCUUUUGAAGUCAGAAAAUUGGUACAAGCACAGUAUAUCUGGAGCCACAUGGCGAUGUCUGUAUUAAAAUACAUGCCAGUGAAGUGCUGUACAUGAAUCAUCCUUUAAAAAUCUGGCUUCCAAAUCUUUUUAAAGACAUUAUCUUACCUGUUUUGAUAGUACAGUAAAGUAGCAUACAGCUCUUUAAGUUCAGUCAGUCAGUUAGGAGUCUGAAUUAGGAAUGACAUGAUCAAGGCUUGCCAGAGCAUUCCCUCACAGCUUUUGUGUUAAAAAUGAACAAAAUACCUUGAUGAAUUUUAUGCUAAACUUUUAAUGCCAAAUCUCAAAUUUCAUUUUACAGUCUUAGAAAUACCUAUGUAGUAACCCAUAAUUUAACUUCUUUUUUUAAAGGUAGUUGCUAAGUUUGAUGAACUACAGCUAUACAAAUCACUUGACUCUGUAAUAUAAUAGUGUGAAUUUAAUUGACAAGCAUUUAUUAAAUUGUCAUCAUACGGCAGGAAGUGUCUCCCUGUGAAACUUCUGGGUAUUAUUCAUGCAUAUAUCAUACAAAGUCCACUACACUACAUGAAGGUGAUCUGUUUCCAGAGCCAACAGAAGAAGUGUAUGCCUUAUCUAACCCCCUACUGUUGCAGCAUGUUUGAGUAAGGACUGCACUAUCCUUUGUGCAGUCCAAUCCUCAAUGGACAGUGAAGGAAGGAUGAGAGAUCUUUAAAAUUAAUGUGUGUGUGAUUUACAAGCAAGUCCUUUGAUAAAACAUGGAAAUUUGGCUAGUAAGUGUCACUGGAGGAAAGAUAUUUUAAAAUAUUAAUAACAUUUCUGAAAACUAUUUGAGUAUCAUUACAGUCAAAAGACAUUUCCAGGCAAACUUCAGUGAGGAUGAGGAUCUUAAUCCUUGUAGAUUUUUCUCUAAAGAGAGCAAGGAAUAUAAAUAGAUAAAUAUAUCUGGUUAAAGAAUCCUUGCAACACUUUGGAAAAUAAAACUAAAACAAAGCUUUCUGUAUCCAGUAAAGUGUUAUGUAGAUACUUUUCCCCUAAUAAAAAUAUCUUUAUUCCAAGACUAUCUUCAGUUCUUUGGGCAUGCAAACAUUUAGGAGAGUAGAAAUGGUUUCUAAGGGUGCUGCUUUAAAAUUUUACAUAAACCAUUAAUCCAAAUGUUAUGCAGCAAGAGCAAAUUACACUAUUAAUGUUAUUGCUGAAAUUCAUAUAUUAAGUUGUGAUACUUAUAUAAUGAAGCUCUACAAGGUACUGCAAUAUAUUAAAGAUCUAAAAUGCAUCCUUGGUGUUUCCACUGUAUAAUUUUCCCUAAAGGACAUAUGAAAAGAAAGGAAAUAGAUCCAACAGAGCAUUUUUGAAGAGGUUUAUAACAUACUGAAAUAUGAACAGUGUCCCAGACGUUUUUAACUAAAAGCCAUUUUACUUCCUCUUAUUAUUUCAAGUGGCUCUUAGACCACAUGGCAAUGUUUAUAUCAGUCUAACCAUGUGGCAGUUGAUAUAUGCUAGAAUAAUCAUUACACUGUCUUAAUGCUGGGUUCUCCUGAACAGCAGCAUGUUAACUUAUUACAAAGGAGUUCUGAAAAAUGAAUGGAAGCUAUUCUAGCAUGAGUGCUUCAGGACUUUGUUACAAAGUCAUAGCCUGUGCCCUCUGAAACUUACAAUGUUGUGCCAACAAUGAAAGAAACAUGUUUUAAUUAAGUAAAAAUAAUCAUGAGGCAUUUUUGCAUUCAUUUUUAGUAUCAUUCGUUGCUCGUGUUCCAUUUUGACAGUUGCAGUUUAUACAUGCUUAAAUAAACACAACCAUGAACAUUGCCUAUGAGAGUAACAAGGCCAGAGGGACUGACGGCUAGAAUAACUGGAAUUAGAAUUUCACCACUGUGGGACAAGUGCCAGACUAAACAUUCCAGUUUCAGUAGCAUUCCAAAAGCCAUGUCUCACAGUGGCCACAGUCAAGAGAAAUUAAGUCUAUGUGCACAUAUGAUUCACAUUUAUGCCUCCGGGCAUUUUCUUUUGAAUUCCACGUGUCCGUUCCCUAUGGGACAGUUACAGGAGCUCUUCAAAAAAACUACACAGUCCUCAGAUCUCAUCUCUCUACUAGCAUAUCUGGUGACUGCUUUUACCAGUUUUCUACCAACAACAAGAAAGGAAGGCAAGAGGAUAGAAGUAUUUGCGAGGCUCAGAUACCAUUGUUCUGAGCUCUUGCACUGGCUCAGAAAGUUGUUCUGAGGUUUCCAGCUUUUUCCAGGAAACCUCGGAAAAUUCCUGAGCCAUGCAGAAUUCCUCAGAGGAUCUAUCGAUACCUAAUUAGGAGCAACUGGACAGUAUGUGUACUACUUGUACGUUCACAGGUGCAUAAACCUUUCCCAUGUUUCAAAGGUAGUUUUGAGAGGCAUUCCUGUGAAUAAGAGUUGUGAUGCAGGAUGAAGCCCUCAAAAUGACAUCUACAAGCUAUUUAAACUGCUUUUUGUCCCACUAAUUUAAAUACAUAAGAUAAACACAUAAUCUCAAGUGGCUUGUAAUCAUGCUGUGUUGCAACCUAGGAACAACCUACAGAUUGUAGCUGCACCAAUCUGCUUGGAUUUUACUGUACUGUAUAUGCUUUUAAACAACUGCUCAGAGUUUGUCACCAUACGCAUCUAGUUUUUUCCUAAUAGCAUAGCAACAUAGGCCUACAGUUUUCCUUUUUAAAAUCAUUUUGUGGAACAUGUCCCUAACUCUACCAUUGGUCCAGAAAACAAAUACAUUUUGGUGAAAAACGUAUUUUAAUUGAUUCCUGUGUGACAUACAUAGUUUUUAGAAAAUUAAAAGGGCUCAGAACAGAGUCCUUUUAUGGAAUUUUGAUUUGGUCUGCUUCUCCCCCUUCAUUAUGGGCAGUAUUAACAAUGCUGAAAAAUAUACUGGAUAAUCUAGAGGCAUAAUAGUGGUUUGGUUUAAAAAAUGGAAAGCUGCACAUCUAUUAUACUGAGUACAUCUCUUGUACUGAUGUAAGUAGAACUAUUUGCAUAUGAUGUGAUUUUAUUUAUUGUACUUCUGUAGAGAUAGAACUCAUGACUGUGGAUUUAUUCUUUGUGAUUUAUUUUUAUUUCUUGUAUAAGUUCCUCAUUUAAAAUAUUAAUUGGUGCCCAUUGAUUAAUAAAUGUGUACAGUUUCAACUAAUAGAUUACCAUAUUCCCAUGUUACAACAAAAGGCUCCCAUUAAACUUUAAUGAUUAAAGAGA